AUGGAAGAGUCCGAGUCAAUUUUUGAUUAUUUUUCUCGAGUAUUAGCCGUAGUCAAUCAACUUAAAAGAAAUGGUAAAGAUGUUGAUGAGGUGAAAGUCAUGGAGAAAAUACUUCACACUUUAAAUCCAAGUUUUGACUUCAUUGUUACCAACAUUGAAGAAAACAGGGAUUUAAAGACCAUGACUAUUGAGCAACUCAUGGGUUCCUUACAAGCAUACGAAGAAAAACAAAAGAGAAAAAUUAAACAAAAGGAGGCUAUGGAGCAACUACUACAACUCAACAUAAAGGAAGCAAAUUAUGCGAAUUACAAGAGCCAAAGAGGACGAGGUCGUGGCCAAGAUCGUGGGCAUAGACGAGGACAUGGAGGAGAAGGAAAAGGCAGUUACAAGAACUACUCUAACAAUGGAGAAAUAAUUUGGAAUCCACAAGCAACAAGAGAUAGUGGAAGAGGAAAUUCAUGGUCGAGGUGUGACAAAUCACAAAUCAAGUGCUUCAACUGCAACAAGAUUGGUCACUAUGCAUCUAAGUGUAGAUUCUCGAAGAAAGUUGUGGAGAAAGCUAACUUUGUAGAAGAAAAAGGUGGAGAAUAA